UGAGGAGGAGGGUGAAGCUUUCCUGUUGCCGCUUGCUUUUUUGCUUGCUCAAACUGCUUGUUACUUGAAUGGAGGGUCUGAAUCAUCUCUGCUCAUUUUCACCGUUGGCAACAGCAACACCAGAUAUUUGCAUUUGAAACAUGAGCACUUCAUUUUGAAAAAAGGCAGAUCUCCAGAUGUUUAAGGGGACUGCAGCCCACCUAUGUUUGUACUGGAGAGCUGUGUACCUGCUGGCUGCGGGGGUGGCAUUACCGUCUGAAACGCUCUGGCUGUGUCCACCUCCCUGUCGCUGCAACGCUGCUGUUCUGGAGGCGAACUGCUCUGGUGCUCAGCUCGGUGUCAUACCCAAUGGUCUCCCCCAAGAUGCCGAGCUGCUCAACUUAACCCAAAACGCCAUCAGGACUUUGGUGAAUCAGCAGUUUCACACACUAACUCAGCUUUUACACCUUGAUCUAAGUGACAAUCUUUUGACAUUGAUUGAAGUGGAAGCCUUCUUCGGUCUGCAAAAUCUGUUGACGCUGAAUCUUUCAUACAAUCACCUCACGAUUAUUUCAGUGGGAGUGUUCGCUGGUUUGACGAACUUACAGUUACUGGAUAUAAGUAGCAAUAAGAUUCUUGUGUUCUUAGACUUUACUUUCAGAGACUUAGCAUCUCUGGAGGUUUUCCUAGCAGACGAUAAUGACAUUGUUUUUAUCUCGAAUCAAGCCUUGGCUGGACUAAGUAGACUACAGAUGCUGGAUCUUGAUGGCUGUAACCUCACUGCUGUGCCAACAGAGGCGCUCACUCACCUGAGUGUUUUGAAAAGCCUUCAUGUUCACCAGCUGGGCCUCAAAACGCUACCAAACUACUCUUUCCAUUCUCUGCUGCACCUUAAAGAGCUCGUCAUUACUCAUUUCACCAGGCUGGAGACUCUGUCAGGCAACAGUCUCUUCGGCCUUAACCUUACAUCCUUAACCAUCAAACACUGCAACCUCAAUGAGGUACCUUACACUGCUUUGCAUCACCUUGUAUACCUCGUGUCCAUUGACCUUUCUUUUAACCCUAUUACCUACAUCCAUGGAAACCUUCUUGGUGACUUGCUAAGGCUUCAAGAGUUUCAUUUGGUCGGCGGCUCACUGGUAAACAUCGAAAUAGGAGCAUUUAAAGGUUUGGGAUUCUUAAGAUUGCUGAAUGUUUCAAGAAAUCUUCUCACCACACUUGAAGUGGGAUCCUUUCAUUCAGUGGACACCUUAAAAAGCCUGGGACUUGAUGACAACCCCCUUGCUUGUGACUGCCGCCUGCUUUGGGUGGCUCAAAGGAGGCUUUCUGUGGACUUUGGCAGGCGGCCGCCGACCUGUAUGACCUCCACCAAGCUGCAGGGCUGGAGUCUUCUGGAGUUUUCUGAAGAGGAGCUACAAAGUCUGCUUACCUGCCGGCAGGCUCGAAUUGUGGACCGAAGGUCCCAAGAUGUGAAAGUAGAUCAAGGACACUCUGUGGCGUUUUACUGCAGUGCACAAGGUGAUCCCCAACCAUCUGUCAUCUGGCUUAAUCCACAGCUAAGGCAGGUUUCUCCUGUUGGCAGGAUACGGGCCCUCUCCAAUGGCUCCCUGGAGGUCCGCUACGCUCAGCCACAUGAUAGCGGAAUGUAUAUGUGCGUGGCAUCCAACGCAGCAGGGAAUGAAAGCCUGCGUGUCAGUCUUCAUGUCCAAGCCUUGCCAUCACCCUCCAAAAAACGCUUUCGUCUUAAAAGUUGGCUGACUUUUCCGUCCUCUCCUCCAGGAGGGGACAGAAAUGAGACUCUCCCAUUCGAUGUGAAAACCCUUCUAAUUGCAGCAACCAUCGGGUUCCUGUCGUUCUUUGGCUCUGUGUCUGUGUGCUUCAUUUUCAUGUUCUUCUGGAGCAAAGGAAAGGGGCAAAUAAAGCACACAGCAACAAUUGAAUACGUGCCGCGAAGUGCCAUGAACAAAAGUAACACAGGUACAUCAAACUACAUGGAGACAAGCAGAUUUACUAUGAAGCUCAUAUGAGUUAGUUUGAUUUACAAUAAAGCAGAGAACUAAAACAAUGUGAAACUCAACAUUCUUAAUUGUUUUCAUUUUUACAUCUGAUGUUACUAUAUUUUACUAACAGCAGAGUCCUGUUAUUUGAAUGCAUGAAGCAUGUU